AUGGUUGCUCCAAGGAAUACCGCUUAUGCGGAGGAGAGCGCCGAGGUGGAAGUGCUGUAUGCCAACCUCGAGAAGCUUAAACUCUUAACAAAGAAAAUUCAAGGCUCUAUGGUGCGCCUAGAGACCGGAGGCAACGUUGUGAAGCAUGCCAUCGGCCCCAUUUACAGCAACACGCAAUCUCUCCAAAUCACCAACAACAACAUAGAUAAGGUCAAUGAAGCCAUUGAGCGCCUCCGCCAACCGCUUGAUGCGAAGAACCGAGAAGAGGAUAUUAUUCGCGCAGGACCCCAGAAUGUCGAAAUGUCGCAGUAUCUCUCGGCUAUGAAUCGCGUGGGAAAGGCACUGAACGACCUCAACUCUACAAAUAUGCGGUCGAACCAGAAAGCUAUCACCGAUUUCUCGUCGUUGCUAAAUACCGGCUCCAUCAAGCUCCAGGACUUGUUCCGCGCCACGCUGAGCCAACAUGUCAGCGCUAUCGAGCCGCUACAUUAUUUGACAAAAAAUCUUUCGUUCCCAGCGCUUCCCGAAGAAACAAUCGCGGAACUGGGUCCUAUUUGUAAUGCGAUUGGCGCUGCGACCGCUCAUGGCCCUCAACGUGGCGAUGGAGGAAACCCCGCCCUCAAAAUGUACGCCGAGAUCCGUGCGUCUUAUGUCACUUCAAGCCUGCAGAACCUUGCCAUCGCAUCUUUGAAUACGCUCAAACGCAGAGCCACGGAUGGUCCUUACAAACAAGGCACGAAUGGCAUUGGCAUUUAUUCGAACGCUUUGGAAGGCUUAAUAUAUGCCGAACACGACAUCGUAUCGCAGAUUUUCACCGGCGACCAGCGGGGACUGGCUCUCCAGGCCACGUGUCGACCUGCGCUCGGUGAAUACGCGAAAACCCUACGUGAACUCAACCAGUACGUCCGGGCGAAUCUUAUGACCGAUUGUUUUCUGGCGUUUGAGAUCAUCGAGAUCGUGACGGCCAUGUCAUACCGGAUAGAGUCCAAGACGGGAGAACUCAAGAGUUUGUUCAUAGAAGCUCUGAGGCCUAUACGUGAGACGGCAAAAUCGUCUCUUUCGGAGUUACUCGAGGAGACCAAGCGUAAAGCCGGGAACAUCGCUGCUCUUCCGCCCGACGGUGGCUCCGUACCUCUUGUUAAUGAAGUCAUGAGUGCGCUCACUACCUUGACCGGCUAUUCGGGACCACUCGCUUCGAUUUUGACAUCCUUGGGCGAUGGUAACUGGCGUUCGACGUCCAAUACAUCCGGCGCCCCGUUGGACGUUAGUCCAGACAGUUCUACGCUGCUCACGCACUUUAUCCUUGACAUGGUCGAGGCUCUUAUGAUCGCACUGGAAUCUCGAGGCCGGGCGUUUCAUCGAACGAAGGCCGUUCAGGGUGUUUUCCUGUCGAACGUGUUCUGCAAUGUCGAUCGGACCAUCCGACACAAUUCAGAAUUGGCUCGGUACCUCGGCUCUCCGGACAGCAUUGCACGGAUCGACACCUUCCGCAAACGGGCUACUUCGACCUAUCUGGAUGCGUGGAAGGAGACCUCGCAUUUCCUCCUUGAUGUGCAAUAUACGUCUCGAGGCGCAAGCGGCUCGGCUCGGCCGGCCUCUGGUGGAGCCGUGGAUUCCAGCGCCAUCGUCAAAUCCCUCUCAUCCAAAGACAAGGAUGCGAUCAAAGACAAGUUCAAAGCGUUCAACGCCAGCUUUGACGAGAUGUUGGCCCGCCACAAGGGCCUGUACAUGGAGCGGGAAGUGCGUGGCGUGCUUGCGCGGGAACUCCAGACCGUUUUGGAGCCUCUGUAUGCUCGCUUUUACGACCGCUACCAUGAAAUUGACAAAGGCCGGGGCAACUCUGGCCCGCCGCCGCAAACGCAAAAUUUCCCGGGAGGAACGCACACAGCCAGCGAUCCUCGUUCUCCUUCUCUCCCUCUCUUUAUCCCUUCAAUUCCUGUGGAAUCGACUCAAUUCCUAUCUGGCAAGAUGUCGGCAAGCAAUGAUGUCUAUCAGACCCCCCUCAACUCGCGUUAUGCGAGCAACGAGAUGAAAUACCUUUUCUCCCCGAGAAACCGAUUUUCCACCUGGAGACAGCUGUGGCUGUGGCUUGCCGAGUCGCAGAAAGAACUCGGUCUGCCCAUCACCCCCGACGCCAUUGAGCAGAUGAAAGCCCACCUCACCAUCCAGGAUGACGAGUUCAAGGUCGCCGCCGAGGAGGAGAAGCGCCGGAGACACGACGUCAUGGCCCACGUUCACGCCUUCGGCCAGGUUGCCCCCGCGGCUGCCGGAAUCAUCCACUGGGGUGCUACCUCGUGCUACUGCACCGACAACGCCGAUCUGAUCUUCCUCCGCGACGGUCUCGAUAUCCUCAUCCCCAAGCUCGCCGUCGUGGUCGAUAAGCUGGCCGCCUUCGCCAACCAGUACAAGGACCUGCCCUGUCUGGGUUUCACCCACGGACAGCCCGCUCAGCUCGUCACUGUUGGAAAGCGUGCUUGUCUGUGGCUCCAGGACCUGCUGAUGGAUCUGCGGAACCUGGAGCGUGCCCGCGAUGACCUCCGUUUCCGUGGUGUCAAGGGUACUACGGGUACUCAGGCUUCGUUCCUCCAGAUCUUCGACGGUAACCACGAGAAGGUCGAGAAGCUGGAUGAGCUGGUCACCGAGAAGGCCGGGUUCAACUCCGCCUUUAUCAUCUCCAGCCAGACAUACUCCCGCAAGAUCGACGUCGAUGUUGCCAACGCCCUGGGCUCGUUCGGCUCCACUUGCGAGCGCAUCGGUAUCGACAUCCGUCAUCUGGCCAUGCUCAAGGAGGUUGAGGAGCCUUUCGAGAAGGACCAGAUUGGCAGCAGUGCGAUGGCUUACAAGCGUAACCCUAUGCGUUCUGAGCGCCUUUGCUCUCUGGGACGUCACCUCCAGAACCUCCCCAAGGAUGCCCUGGACACCUACUCGGCCCAAUGGUUCGAGCGCUCUCUGGAUGACAGUGCCAUUCGUCGUAUCAGCAUUCCGGAGCUUUACCUCUCCGCUGAUGCCUGUCUCAUUCUCCUUAACAACGUCACCUCCGGAUUUGUCGUCUACCCCGAGGUUAUCCGCCGCCGUGUCAACGAUGAGCUUCCUUUCAUGGCCACUGAGAACGUGAUCAUGGCCUGUGUGAAGAAGGGCCUCUCCCGACAGGACGCCCACGAGGAAAUCCGUGUCCUCUCCCACCAAGCCUCCGACCAAGUGAAGAAACACGGCAAGGACAACGACCUCCUGGACCGCAUCCGCCGCACCGCCUUCUUCGCCCCAAUCCUUGACGAGCUCGACAGCCUCCUGGAUCCUAGCACCUUCGUCGGCCGCGCGCCCCAGCAGGUGGAGAAGUUCACCUCCACUGAGGUUAAGAAGGCGUUGCAGCCGUACGAGGCGCAGCUGGCUAAGGCCGAGACUGCUGCUCUUUACGUCUAG